AUGGACGACGGACCGCCGAUACUCGCGUAUCCCGUAUCCACUAGUAGGCAAGUCCCAUGGGACCCCGCUCAACGUCCGCCAUCCCCGCUCAAUCCCGCCACCAGACGCUUCCCCGCGCCCAUUCCUCCCCGCACUUGUGCGCAAGAAGCUUCCGCCAGUCCUUACGGUGCGAGUCCCCACAGCGGAAGCCCCUAUGGCGCAGUCCCUUCCGCUUCCCCCGCUCCGCUCCGCCGGUAUAACUCCGUCACAUCCCCCGCCCCGCCCCCCGUUUCCCUUCCCCCCGCUGGAACUUCCCCCGCGCCCAAGUCUCCCCUCUUCCGCACGCCCUCGCUCGGCGCCCCUGUGCGAAUCGCCGCCGCUAGAGAACAACAGCCGCCGCCCAUGUUUCUCCCGCCCACCGCCUCCGAGCCCCUUCCGAUAGCAGUUCCGCUCUAUAUUCCCCCCGACCACCCCCCUCCGGGGCCCGCGGACCGUUCCUUUGCGCCCAGCUGCGCGUAUGAACAGCGGGGCCCGCCGCCACGGGGACCGGCGGGGCCGCUCGCGCGGGGAAACGGCGGCGGAAAUCCCGCCGCCUGCGGCGCCGCAUCCCACCGCGCUGCGCCGAUUCCGCGCCACUCUUCCCUCCCUCUUGCGGCUUCCGCCUAUCCCAGCGGGAACUAUUCUUCCGCCGUUACAAACAGCCCAUAUCCCGCUCCCAGUAACUUUCAAAGACACGCGAAAGAGCCUGCUGGUAACCCGGUAACCAGCAGAGACGGCAGCGGGAAAUCCGUUCAGGCGGGCGGGUGGGAGAAACCGUUUAUUCAUCGGUCCACGUCAGCACCCGUGCCUGAUGACGAGGCUUGGGAAGAGGAAAGGGAAUAUGGGGAAGAUGGGGAGGAGGAAGAAGAGGGGGAGGACUGGGAGGAGGAGAUGGGGGAAAACGAGAUGGCGGCUGAAGGGGAAGGGCGCAGGGGGGAGAUGAGCGGCGCGGGCGGAUGGGGAGUGAGCGCGCGGACUGGGGGGGCGGCGGGAGGGGAAAUGCGGGGGUGGCGCGGAGAGGAACCCCGGCGGCAACUGGACAGCGCUUACCAGACGAGCCCGUACAACCAAGAACAGCAGCAGCAGCAGCAGUCGCAUCUUGCGAGACAUUUAAGCCUGGAGCCGCAUUUGACAGACAACCGCUGCGCGCAAACGCGGGGGGACGGGGAGCGGGCGGAAGGGCGGGAGGGGAGAGGCGCGAGCCUGCUGCGCCAAGCAUCGGACGGGCAAUGCCUGGCGCGCAACGGCGGGUAUGGGCGGGGGACACGCGGGGACGCGCAAGACGGGCAGGACAGGCAAUACCCGGACAGGCACUACCCGGAUAGGCAAAUCCCGGACAGGCAACAGCCGGACAGGCAACAACUGGACAGGCAACAGCAGGUUAGGCAACAACCGGACAGGCAACAACCGGACAGGCAACAACAGUCUGACAGGCAACAACCGGACAGGCGUCAUCUGGACAGGCGGCAUGCGGACGGCAUGUACGUGGACAGGAGCGAGCCGGACCGCGAGCGGCUUAUAGAGCUGCGACUGCGGCGCGUUGCACCUGGUCAGGUGGUUCCUCAGCUGCUGCCGAGCAGGUCGCUGCGGCAGCUGAGGAGAAUGCCCCCUCUUGAUACAAAAGCGCAGAAACAGCAGCCAGACCCUCACAGAGAGCGGGCAGACACACAGGCACAGCGGGCAUGCCUAGCUGCUCCAGAGCCGACCCAAUCCUCCUCGUACCAAACCUUGUCCCAAUCUCCUCCUCCUUGCUCCUCCCCUUACUCCCCUGCUCACUCCCAUCCCUACACCUCCCCUUGCUCCCCUCCUCUCUCUCCUCCUGCAUCCACUGGAACCGCCAUCUGCCACUCCCCUUCCCUCUCCUCGCCCAGUUCCUCUUCCUCCUCCUUCGUGUGGCCGAGGGGAAACGGGCCCGACUUUGGGGCAGGCGGGAGGGCUGCGCUGGGGGGAGCGGACAAGUGGGUGGCGUGCUUUGUCCCGCAGUGCUGGAACCGCAAUUGA